AAUUAUGGAAAAAGAAGUAAGGGUCAAGGUCCAAUACCUUGAUAGCCUAUUAAAACAAUUAAUAAAUCACAAGAAGAAUACGCGAAAGAACUACAGAGAUGACGUGCCUGCCAUCUCUAAGAGAUUGCUCUCAGAACUUGAAGGAAUUUACAAGGAGCUCAAAGAGAAAAUUUCGAAAGACUCAAUUUCAGACAUUGGUGAAAUUGAGUGAAGUGCCUUCACACACCCAAAUAAGCCUCCAAAAAGAGUAUAUAAAUACAAGUUUCAACGGGAUUGGAAAUUACAUAGACAAGUGAGGAAAUUUGAGAUAGUAAAAAAUAAAAUUGUCAAAGAGUGACAGGGAAAAAUUCCAACUUGUCUCAAAAGUGAGUCUGACAAAAGUCUCACUUCAAGUCUUGGAAGUCCUAGGUCAUCCAUUGGAAUUAAAUAUAUCCCUGAUCAACCUUAUGAGCGGUUGGAAGAGUCUUCACCAGUUCCUUUACUUGACUUCGUAGUGAUUGACCCAGAAGUACAAGAAUUAAAAAAUGAAUAUGAAAACCUUGAAGCAGCAUAUGACGUGAUCCAAGAUUUCGGUGAAAUUCAACUUGAUAUCGAAAACCAACUUAUAAAAGGAAAAAACAAGCUACUUAUUACAAAUAUUGAAGCUCAGAGUGCAGCAAAAGAAUCAGGGAUUGCUCUUAAAGAAGUUGAAAAGGCAACAAGUUCCAGAUGGAGAUGGCUUCCCCUCAAAGUUGCAGCUGCAUUUGGAUUUUUUGGAGCUAUAGGCGGUGGAAUUUUUGGUAACCUACCUGGUGCAGCUAUUGGCUCUGCUUCAGGAACUGCUUUUGGAGGCGCAACAGGAGCUCUAAUAAGCAAAGCUAUGCAACAUCAAGCUAAAAAAUUUCAUCCUGAGUCUCCAUCUCUUCUCAAUGAAACAGAUGUCUAAUAGGAUAAUUAGGGAGUUUUCCUAGACUAUCUCUUUCUAAAUUUAAAAUUUCUAAUUUCUCCUCACAUUCUUAUUAAAAUAAUUCUACUUCCUUCA